GAAUUGUGCUAACUAUAUAGGGCAGGUGCAUACCCCGCCCCCUGUAUAUAUUCGCUCAGCAUCUUCUUCCAUUCCCAUAUAUGGAAGCUUCUGUUCUCUGGACCUUGUUCGCGCGAUCCUUCAAUACUCUGUCCGAUCUUGCUAUAUCGCUACAUGUGCAAUCUCCAAGAUGUGCCGGCUUCGCUACAACGUUGCUGCGACCCUGGACGGUUACAUUGCUUCAGCCGAUCACAGCACUUCUUGGAUCAUCGAAGAUCCCACGAUUGACUUCAAUGCCCUCUUUGCCGAAUUUUCAACUUUCAUCAUGGGCCGCAGAACUUAUGAAACGAUGCUAUCGUUCGGAGACGCAAAUCUCUUGAAGGGUCUUCCGGCAGGGGCAGUCAAAGUCAUCAGUUCGACCAAGAGUUGGCCUGGCGUUGAGGUCAUCAAGAACGGACCAGGCUUGGUGGAACGUGUCAGGCAGCUGAAGGGUGGAGAAGGCGCCCGAGGGAAAGAUAUCUGGUUUAUGGGUGGUGCGAAGCUCGCUGGGUUGUUGAUUCAGGCUGGCCUGCUGGAUGUUGUGGAGGUUGCCAUCAUGCCGGUCGUGAUUGGGGACGGUGUCAAAAUGGUAGAGUUAUUCCCAGGGCAGACACAGGUUCAGCUCCACCUCGAAAACGUGGAGAAGAAAGAGAGCGGCAUCAUAAUGACAAGGUAUACUGUCGGGUCCCGCAGACCAGUGUAGGAACUCUGCUAUGGUCGCAGGCUUGGUGCCGAAGUGGAAAGUCCAGGCGAGGAAUGCCCCUUGAGUGUCCAAUGAGCACUACUUGUCUCAGAGCUCUCACAGGGACCGUGGGAGACACUCGAUAGUCCACUCGCCGCAAGGGCAUGUCCGAUGGUCACGCUGCAUUUCUGAUUUCUUCCAAACGGUAGAUGCAUAUAAGCAACCACAACGUCGUACAAGUCGCUCGCCCUCCGUUACUGAGAAGCAUAAUGUCAAGU